AUCUCUUGGUUACGUUCUCAUGUAUUUCAAUAGAGGCAGUUUACCAUGGCAAGGAUUAAAAGCUUACACCAAACGAGAUAAAUACGAAAAGAUUUGCGAUAAAAAAGCUCAAACCAAAAUUGAUACUUUGUGCACUGGUUUCCCAAAUGAAUUUGCAACAUUUUUAAAUUAUACCAGAUUCUUAAAAUUUGAAGAUAAACCAGAUUUCCUUUACCUUAGAAAAUUAUUAAGAGAAAUGUUUGUUAGAGAAGGUUAUAGAUAUGAUUAUAUGUUUGAUUGGGUUAUUGUUAGAAAAUUAAGAGAAAAACCACCACUUGAAAAACCAUUGUCAGUUGAAAAUAAACAAAUUCAACAACAAAUUCAAUAUCAAAUUCAACAACAACAACAACAAAUGCAACAACAACAACAACAACACACCACAACCACUACAACAUCAACAAAUCAAGCCAAAAACGUCUCUACUGUUUCAAAUAUAGCCACAGAUGAACAUUUUAGACAAAUAUUAUCUACUCCAUCAUAUAAUGUUGACUCUGAACAAUCACCUCAACAAACCACAACUACAACAACAUCAACCGGUGGAUCAAAUCAACCUCAACAAACCCAAUUCUAUAGACAAAACAAAGUUGUAGUCCCACAAUCAAAACCAACAAACAACAAUACAAAAUAACCUUUUUUAUUUUUUUAUUAAAAAAAAAAACCAAUUGUUAACAUUAUUUUAAUUAUAUUCACAUUUAAAACAAAUUAUAAUAAUAAUAACACAAAUAAUCCUUUUUUUUUUCAUAAAUAAAUAUCAAAGAUGUAUUAAAUAUAUAUUACAACCAUAAUUUUUCACCUUUUAGUUUUAAAAUAUCAAUACUCAAAUUCCUCUCCUCCCACAAAUCCCUCUUCCUUUUUUUUUUUUUUAAUUUAUAAAAAAAAAAACAUAAAAAACUAAAUAAAACUUUAACAAAAAUCUAAAAUA